AUGUACGUACUAAUCGUCCUCACUAUCCUUACGACCUUGUCGGUAGCCGCCUCAGAGACGUCGGGAGGAGUGACACUCCCUCUGCGUCGACACGCCCGCCCCCGCCCCCAAACCCUCUCAUCCCACCAUGCACUCCUCGAAGCACACAUCCGCACCUCCCACGGCCUUGAGCGGCGUCACCUCGAGUCCGAACUGGAGAGCUAUCUAUCUCGCUCCUCCUCCACCCUGGCUAAGCGCAACGGCACGACGAGCACCGACGCCAAGAACUGGGGUUACGUCUACACCGUCCCCGUGUCCCUCGGUACGCGGCCCCAGCUCCACGAAGUCAUCUUCGAUACGGGCUCCGACGCGCUGUGGGUCUGGGGCGCGCCGCCUUUCUGCAAUACUAGCGCAUGUACGGCUGUGCCGGGUUACGACGCCAGCAAGAGCAGUACGACGGCGAAGGCGGAGUACGAGCGAGAACUGAGCGUGGCGUAUUCGGAUGCGAGUGAGGCAGAGGGCGAGUUUGUGCGCGAUGUGGUUGGCAUCGGCUCAAUCUCGUUCCCGUAUGAUUUUGGUCUCGCCAAGACGGCCAACAUGCAAUACUGGGUCAACACGACCACGGUAGGGAUCAUGGGUGCGCAAAGAGUAGCCGUGAAGAACGGGGACAAGCCGUGGGAGGUCGUCACGGACGAGAAGGCCGAGGUAUGGUGGGUCGAGGGAUGGAAGAAGGGCCAUCUUGCCGAGAAUCUGAUCGGUGUCGAGAUGUCCAACCCGGAUCACGACGGCCUCGAAGUUCAGAGGAACCACAGCAGUCCCGGUGGAAAGCUGACUAUUGGCGGAGUCGACAAGGCAGCCUUCGAGGGCGAGCUGCACUGGGUCCCCGUCGUGCCCUGGUCGCCGCAGCAGUGGAAAGUCAAGCUGGACGGCGUCGCUGGCCCGAACGGUACAGUCCACAAGCUGGAGAACUGCACAACCCUCAUCGAUACGGGGAACACGAACGUCAUCCUGCCACAGGUCGUGCUCGACCCUGCCAUUCUGUCCAUCCCGGGGGCCAAGCACGUAGCGAACGGGAAGAAGUACGGUAUUCCCUGCAACACGACUGAGUCCAUCUCGCUCGUGUAUGGAGGGAAGCCGUUCAGACUGGAGCCGAGCAAGUUCCUCGGCAAGAAGUUGACGGGAGUGGGCGUGGAGGGACUGUGUCUUGCCAAGAUUGACCCUAAUCCCGAGGUCCAGACUGCUGGGGUUCGGAGAUGGACCUCUGUCCAGGAGGGGGGGGGCAAAGAUAUCCAUGGGGUCGUCGACGCGCAUCGUGCUCUUGAGGCGGGUGGCCAAGUUGGACACGACGGCGGAGACGAGACCAAUGAGCGCGGCGGCGGGAGCGCCAACGAACCCGGCAGCGGGGGUGAUGGCGACGAGACCGGCAAUGGCACCGGUACAGAAUCCGACCAUGGACCACUUGUGCUCAAGAAGAUGGAGCCGGUCACCAUCGUCUUCACGUCAGCCGUCUCACCGUCAGCCGCCGACUUCACCAUCUAUCGGUUAACUUUACAUCUUUAA